AUGGCUGUUAAUCUAAAGAACCGGUCAAUAUUAUCGGAGUUCAAGCUCAAAGAUGGCGGAAUCUUCCACAGGGCCGCCGCCGGCGUAUGCUCUGUCAUUCACGGACGACAAGCAGCGGCGACGCCUCGAGGAAGACGAGAACCCUUUCGAAGGGAAGUGCUCUUGCUUAACGGUAGCUCUUUGCCCUUGUCUCGUAUGCUUUAUGCUUGUGAUGAUAAUAGUCUCGAUCGUGCUCACUGUCAAGUUCCAUUUAUUUUGCCACACUCCUCUUGGGUCUCUUCUGUACAAGAAGAAGUGCUAGUAACUUCAAAACUUAUGUAUAUCCCUGUAAAUUCGCAUUCAGAAUCGACGAGGUGUGUGAAUUUUAAAGGAACUCAUGUGCAUUCCUUUAUAUCAUUUCCUUCAAUGGAUCUAUUAGAGAAAAAACGACACAACCAAAUUAGGGGUUUUUGCGGAGUUGUGAAUUCCGAUGAUGAAUCGGAAGCGGAAGAUGCUGAACGUGUGAAAUCUGAAGCCGAUGAAGAGGAAGUCAAAAGGAUCUGUAACGUGAUUGAGGAGUUAUUUGCCCUAGAUCGAAACAUGGAAGCUGUAUUAGACGAUUGUAAGAUCAACUUAACUCAUGAUCUGGUUAUCGAUGUUUUAGAAAGAUUCAAACAUGCUAGAAGACCAGCUUUCAGAUUCUUUUCAUGGGCAGGACAACAACCAGGGUAUCACCAUGAUUCAAGAACAUACAACACAAUGAUGAACAUUCUUGGGAAGACUAAACAAUUCGAAACCAUGAUCUCUAUACUCAAUGAAAUGGGUGAGAAACAAUUACUCACACUAGAAACAUUCAACAUCUGUAUCAAAGCAUUUGCAGCAGGUCAACAAAGAAGAAAAGCAGUAGGAAUGUUCGAUUUAAUGAAGAAACACAAUUUCAAAGUUGGAGUAGAUAGCAUCAACUGUUUACUCGAUAAUCUUGGAAGAUCAAAGCUUGGAAAAGAAGCUCAGGUUUUAUUCCACAACUUAAAAGAAGCAGGAAAGAUAUGGAACGAGAUGACAGAUGAGGGUUUCACACCCGACAUUGUUGCACACAACAUCAUGCUUGAAGGACUCUUGAAAUCCCACAAAAGAUCUGAAGCAAUUAAGCUCUUUGAGAUCAUGAAAUCAAAAGGUCCAUGUAACACAAGAAGCUUUACAAUCAUGAUUAGGGAUUUAUGCAAACAGAAGAACAUGAAAGAAGCAAUCGAAUCCUACGAAAACAUGUUGAAUCACAACUAUAAACCAGAUGCUGCUGUUUACACAUGUUUGAUUACAGGAUUUGGAAAUGUGAAACAAAUGGACAAAGUUUAUGGACUUUUAAAGGAAAUGAAGGAAAAAGAUUGUCCUCCUGAUGGAAGACUUUACAAUGCUUUGAUUAAGUUGAUGACAAAUAGGCGAAUGCCAGAUGAUGCGGUGAGGAUUUAUAAAAAGAUGAUUCAGAGUGGGAUUAAGCCAAGUAUACAUACGUAUAACAUGAUGAUUAAGUCGUUUUUUAUGAUGGAGAAUUAUGAAAUGGGAGUUGCAGUGUGGGAGGAGAUGAGUGAGAAGGGUGUUUGUAAGGAUGAUAAUUCGUAUACUGUGUUUAUUGGAGGGCUUAUUAGGAUUGGAAGAUCAAUGGAAGCUUGUAAGUAUCUUGAAGAAAUGAUGGAGAAAGGUAUGAAGGUGCCUAGAAUUGAUUAUGGGAAGUUUGUUGGAGAUUGUUGUAAGGGUGGAAAAGGGAAUGUUGUUGAGGAAUUAGGUGAAAAGAUGAAAUUGGAAGGAAAGAUUGAGGGUUUUGAUGUGUUUUCUAGGUAUGUUGAGUUGAUGAAGAAAACGGAUGAAAGGUUAAAGUUUGUUAGAGAUUAA